AUGAUCGCGACUUGUGUUAUCCAACCUGUUGAUAUGGUUAAGGUCCGCAUUCAACUUGCAGGUAACCAGAAAGUGUCCCCCUUGAAGGUCACCAGCGAUAUUAUUAAGCAGGGCAAAUUCCUUGACUUGUAUUCCGGGCUUUCUGCUGGUCUUCUCCGCCAGGCUGUAUAUACUACAGCCCGCAUGGGAUUUUUUGGAACCUUCAUGAACAAGAUUAGCGCUAAGGCCAAGUCGGAAGGUCGUGCUGUAACCUUUGGCGAACGUACAUUAGCAGCGCUGAGUGCGGGUGGCCUUGGAGCCAUCCUUGGGAACCCGGCAGAUCUUGCACUUAUCAGAAUGCAGUCUGAUGGAAUGCGCCCGGUUGCUGAGCGUAAGAACUAUACCUCAGUGCUCAAUGCACUCAAGCGUAUCUCUGCUUCAGAAGGAGUCAAGGCUCUAUGGAACGGGUGUCUGCCGACGGUUGCCAGAGCUAUGGCUCUGAACUUUGGGCAGCUCGCAUUUUAUAGUGAGAGUAAGGCUCAACUCGCGAAAUACGAUUUUGAGAAGGUUUUGGGAUCGAAGAAGAAUGCAGAGGUUGCCACGGGUAUUGCAGCAAGCGCUGUUGCGGGAUUUUUUGCCAGUUUCUUCAGCUUGCCGUUUGAUUUCGUCAAAACAAGGUUGCAAAAGCAGACUAAGGGUCCCGAUGGAAAAUUACCAUACAAGGGAACUCUCGAUUGUGCGAUGAAGGUUGCUAAGGAAGAGGGAUUGUUGAGAUUCUACAGAGGAUUUGGAACUUACUACGUCCGUAUUGCGCCGCACGCAAUGUUGACGGUUCUGUUUGCCGAUUGGUUCUUGAAGUUGACCAAAUAG